AUGUAUCGAUCUGGCAGAGUAGUCAAAGAGCGACGACCAUUCCUGCGUCGUACAAAAGCGACAGCACCACCCGACGUCACCGACACGGAGGGCUCCACCACUGUCGAAACAACCACCAACAAGUUCACCAGAGGCAACAACAGGUUCAAGUUACGGAAAACGGAAAAAACGACCGAGAAACCGCGGGAAAACAGCGAAACGAACAACAAGCUGGCAUCUUCGAGCAGUGCGCAGACGCGUAAUGACAGACCUCGUAACUUCGUACGGCGACGGCUUGGAGGGGCGAACUCAACUACUUUCAAACCUUCUACCACGACGCAAACACCGGUAGCAAUAUCCCGCCGACCGUUCCGAGUUGCGAGCCGCCGCCGGCCUCUUUCUUCCACCACUUCCACAACUACCACUGCUAGAACAACCACCGCGUUCAUUGAAAGUGAGGAGUCUUUGCAGGAUAUUGGAGAUAUAGACGCAAUAGAGGAUCCGUCGCUCAAAUCCAGCACAUCACCAAAAACAACGUCUAGCGCACAACGAAGACGCCCUCUAACUCAACUGAAGAGUGAACAAGACCAAAGUCCGUCAGCAACAAACGAAGAUGAAAAGAAAAGACAAAGUAAGAAAUACAGUUCUAGUUUCAAGCAAAAUCAGUUGGACGAAAUCAUUAAAUUGAGAGGUAGCGCAGAAGACAUAGAUAUAACAACUGAAAGCAGAACUACACUCGAAGAUAUAAGUGCAGAAACCGCUGUGGCAUUAGCCGCUCACCAACUUUUAGCAGCACCGAUACCAAUCAUACCCGAUUACGACGACGAACCCAAUCAAACAAGAAAAACACCUCAAACAAUAGUAGACUAUAAAUUCACUAGUCCAGAGUACACUGAAGACUUCACGAAAGGCCAGACUUAUUUAUCAGAAUACUCACGAACACCAGCUUAUACGUCAAGACUAAGGACCAUCGAAACGUCUACCAACAGUUAUACCUCUCUUCUAACUGACCCUGAUACACCUUCCUCAACUCGAUCUUCACCUGACACAAGACUGCCCACGUAUACCACAACUGGAGCAUACACGAGCAGAAAUUUAAGACCUCUCGAUUCGACGAAUAAAGCAAAUCCAACGAUAUCUGGUGUAACGCUCAGUAUAGGUUCAGAAGGCUCUGGUGAAUCGACCGCCCGAUACACAAAUUUCCAAAAUGAAAUAAACCCAUCAACUUACACAACUGACAACUACGAAUCUAGAGUAUCAAAACCUGGGUUAACGACUAAUAUAUUAAACCCCACGACCGCUGGAAUAUCAUUGAAUUUACGAGAAUCAACUUUGAAAUAUACUGCUUCUAAUCGCGAUGUGUCACCGACUUAUCCUACAGCCUUUACAAGCAAAGUAUCUAGACCUUCAGGAUUUUCUCCCAAUUUAGUUAAUAUAGAUGAAGUGGAAGAUGGCAAGUCGACAGUGAGGUAUCAGGGUUCGAGUGUAAGAGGUCCAUCUACUGCUAGAUACGAAGGUUCUAGUGAGAAGAUUCCGGUACCAGUUGUCUUCGGGUACUCGACCGGUGGCCAGGGCUUGCAAGAGCCUUCGUAUUUCACCAGAGAAUACCUUUUGGAAUCACCAGUGACAAAAGCUUAUGAUGAUGAAUACCAAUAUCUGUCACCUGUGACGACACCACAAACAUCUACUAAAAAACCACUAAGGAGGAAAACGAUAUUCAGAAGAAUUUCCACUACCCAGUCACCAACCUCCGUCCUUCCACAAACUACUCAAAAACCACGACGAACGACCAGAAGACCUUUCGAGAAAAUAGCGAUAAGAAAGAACCCGCUAAAGAAAAACACAGUGCAACAAGACACAGCCCAAAAGGAACCUGUUCAAAAGAAAUUUGUUCAGAAAACACCAGUUCAAAAGACUCCAGUGCAAACAGUUCAAAAACCAAAUAGACCUAGACCAAUUACAGAUUACGAUUACUACGAUGCUAGCCAAGAAGAAGUAGCCGAUAAAUAUGAAGAAGGCACGAAAGUCAUUCUUCAUGCAAAAGGUAACAUCGAAUGUUUAGAUAUAGGUAACUUCCCACACCCGUCUUCUUGUAAGAAGUUCAUAUCGUGUGCUCGGAUGGAGAGUGGUUCUAUUAUUGGAUGGGAGUACAUUUGCCCAAAGGGAUUGUCUUUUGAUCCCGUGGGGGGAAUAUGUAAUUGGUCAGCAGGCUUAGGAUGUUUCGAGAAAGAUACAUGA